GUAAGGGAGAUAGCAGCUGGUCUUCAGUAUUUGCAUGACAAGGAUAUUGUCCAUGGUGACCUUACUGAUACCCACGUCCUAGUCAGUAGUGACGGGAGGCUCUGUCUCGGGGGCUUCGGUCUCUCGAUGAUCCUCGCAGAAUAUGACAACCCUACAUUUAACUCAUGUCACUCAGGCAAUGUCCGGUGGGCGGCUCCAGAGCUAUUUGACGAAUACGCCAAGCCAACCAAGGCCAGUGAUAUUUACUCGUAUGGAUGUAUCAUGAUGCAGUUUCGUGGAGGCUUUCCACGUUAUAGCAGCAGUGGUAAGGGGGCGCGAACCGUUCUCCAGAUUGGCUACUAGUAUCAACGAAGAAAUAGAACGGUUUGCACAACGAUGCUUGUCAAGGAAUAUGGAAUACCGCCCGUUGGUUGGCGAAAUAGUGAAGUUCUUGUGGUCACAGACAAACAUCGCGGAGACUAUGAAGACGAUG